CCGAUACACACGUGUAACAACGAAGAGUAAAAUGGGCCAAUACACACAUAUAAACCGAGCCCGUUGCUUCCUCCACCUAGGGUUUUACAUUUUCUCCGCUCAUUUGUGCAAGAGGAGCCGUUUUCUCUGAAGCCAAAAUGCCGUCGCACAAGACAUUUAUGAUCAAGAAGAAGCUAGCUAAGAAGAUGAGGCAGAACCGUCCCAUCCCUCACUGGAUCCGUAUGCGUACCGAUAACACCAUUAGGUACAAUGCCAAGCGCAGGCACUGGCGCAGAACUAAGCUAGGGUUUUAAGGAGAUUUUGUAUCUGCUCGGUCUCGGUGUUUUUUAUAUUUACUUUGCGAUAUCGUGUAGUUUGGAGAUUGUGGUAGCAAUGUGACUCUGUGUUUGUUAUCUGUUUGAUUGUCCUGUCAAGAACAAAUUUAAUGAUCAAGUAUCUUUUUUAUUGGUGU